AUGCAAUUCGGCAUGCGGCAUUUGACAGAUCGGAAGGAGUUCUUGGAUCAAUACAGCAGUGCUUCGAUGCAGAAGCAUCCAUGUGGUGAGGCUCCUGAGGCCAUGCUGCGGAUGCGAUUAGAGAAACUCUCCGAGUGUCAACAGAUCUCUGAGGAGAUUUUGGGCUUGCUGCAAGCAACUGUGAGUCAUUUGCUGUGCGCUGCCUGCCGUGGCGGCGUAGAGUCCAAUGCAGCCUUGCUGAUAGAUGCGGAGGUUGCUUUGUCCGACGAGUGGAAGCGUCUUUCCGUUGCAACGCAGAAGGUUUAUCAGGAAAUCCGCGCCCAUGAUGCAGCCAUCGCUGGACAGAUGCGCAAGGUCGGUGCGGAUGCGUGCAUCAUGGACUUUGUGGAGGCACAACGCCGGGGCAUUCCGGCACCUGGCACGCUAGGGCUGCUCAGACGUGUCGAUGCCGAGCCUUUUGGGAAGUUUGAUGUCGGAGCAAAUUGUCUAAGUGUCCAAAGGCCAAGGGACAGAAAGCAAGAAGCAAAAAGCGGAUAA